AGCCAGGUAUCAGCUAUUCUGACACGUAAGGAUCCUGCGUAAUUUUUAAGUAAGAAUCUGCACCUUUUUCCCGAAGUUGGAAAUCGGUUCGUCGUCCUCGCAUCAGACUAAUGUAAAAGAAACCCGUUAGUAAGUAGACGCCCGUGUUGAUCGUUGAAGGGUGUCGCGGGACUGUCCUGCAGAGUGGGGACAAUAUGAGGUUUUCAGCGUUUAUUUCUGUUCUGCGGUCGAUCGGCCCGGUGGUAAUCGGCAUUUCUUUAGGGUUCACAUUGAGUUUACUUAGUGUAAACUGGACGGAAGAAGCAUGUUACUCGGACGUUAAGGAGGUUGAAGAAAUGACUUUGGGUCCAGAAGGACAGCUUAAGGGAGCUCGAAAGCCCAACUCUAUAUCGACUGUCAACAGUGUGGAGUCAGAAGAGGAUUUUGAACCAAGAAUAGUUCCAUAUAAACAAGUCCAACAGAGUGUCCCAAAGAAAGUUUUCAGAGCAAAGUACAUAAGCACAGAGCUGGGGAUGCGAGAGCGUCUGUUUGUCGGGGUCCUGACAUCCAAAAACACCAUAAAUACCUUGGGGGUAGCUGUUAAUCGCACCAUUAGUCACCACCUGGACACCGUGAUCUUCUUCACUGGCAUGCGCAACCGCAAAGUUCCUCAUGGCAUGUUUGUCGUCUCCCAUGGGGAUGAGAGACUGAUAUGGAAUAUGUUUCAGAAUAUCAAGUACAUUUUAGACCACUACAUCAACGAAUAUGACUGGUUUUACUUUGUUCAAGAUGAUGCGUACACUGAAGCUGACCGGAUUAAAGCCCUAGUAGAUCACCUGAGUAUGGAUCGAGAGCUGUACAUGGGAAGUCCUGAGGAGUUUAUUGGUGGAAAGAUGGAGGGAAAGUAUUGUUACGGAGGUUUUGGGUAUCUCCUGUCACGCCCCUUGCUCCUUCGACUUCAGCCCUUUCUGGAAAACUGUAGAAAUGACAUCCUGAGUGCAAGACCCGAUGAAUGGCUUGGAAGAUGCAUUAUUGAUUAUACAAACACAAACUGUGUUAGUGAAUAUGAGGGGCUCCAGUAUCACCAUUAUGAAUUGGGGAAAAACUCAGAUCCCAGUAAAGAGCAGAGUGAACAAUUCAAGAGAGCUCUGGUAGUCCAUCCAGUGUCUGACGCUGAACAGAUGUACCGGCUGCACAGAUACUUCACUGAGAUUGAACUCCAGAAGAUUUACGAUGAGAUUGCUAAGCUGCAGGCUGAAAUAAAGAAUGUGAGUGUAGUUGCUUUUGAGGGUAACCGAAGCGCCCAGUGGCCUGUGGGGAUAAAUCCACCUUUUGAACCAAAGUCUCGCUUCGAAGUUUUGAAAUGGGAAUAUUUCACAGAGGAGGAGAUUUAUUCAUGCAUCGAUGGCUCUCCAAAAUGUGAGCUGCGUGGCAUCGAUCGCAUGGAUGUUGCUGAUGUCAUUGCAACAGCCAUGGGAGAGUUGAACAAGAAGUACAAACCUGUCCUGCACUUAAAAAAGCAGCAGUUGAUUAAUGGAUACAGGCGCUUUGACCCGGUCAGGGGCAUGGAGUAUACCUUGGACCUUCAGCUUGAGGUGGUUAACCAAAAAGGUCAUAGCCGUUCAAUCACCAAGCGGGUUUAUUUGGUUCGACCUUUAAGUCGAAUUGAGAUCAUCCCCAUGCCCUAUGUUACUGAGGCUACAAGGGUUCACAUUAUUAUACCUCUUACUCUACAGGACCGUACCUAUGUCAACCAUUUCCUGGAGGUCUUUGCCUCUAAUGCUUUUGAAACGAGUGAAAAUGCUAUCCUUACAUUCUUGUUUAUUUAUGACCCAGUGGAGGCGCAGCAAGUUAACCAGAAUGAUAUAUUUGCCAGUGUGAAGACUCAGAUAAACUUAUAUGAACACAAAUAUCCUGCUGUAAAAAUCCCAUGGAUAAGUGUUAAGACAGAAACACCAUCUCAGAUCAAGUAUAUGGACAUUAUUUCAAAGAAGCAUCCAGUAGACACACUGUUCUUUUUAGCUAAUGCCAACACAAAUGUCAAUUCAGAAUUUCUGAACCGCUGCCGCAUGAACUCCAUAAACAACUGGCAGGUGUUCUUCCCAAUCCAUUUCCAGGACUUCAACCCUGACGUGGCCUAUCACAACCAGCAGCAUCCUGUCACAGUUGACCUGGUGAAGGAUGCAGGCCAUUUCGAUCGCAGAUCAUUUGAAGAAGCAUGUUUUUACAAUUCAGACUACAUGGCAACACGCACACGCAUGGUGGCAGAUGUCCAAGAGAAUGAGGAGAUUCUAGACACACUAGACAUCUAUGACAUGUUUGUAAAGUAUUCAGAUCUACACGUAUUCAGGGCAGUGGAGCCAGCACUGCACCAGCAGUACCGGUACCAAGCAUGCAACCCUCGACUUAGUGAAGACAUCUAUCAUAGAUGUGUGCAGAGCAAUGUGGAAGGUCUUGGUUCCCGCUCCCAACUUGCCAUGCUUCUGUUUGAGCAAGAACAAGGAAACAGCACUUGAAUUCAGCAGUGAAAUCAUGUUCCUGCUUGUAUUCAAAUGCAUGUUUUCUGAAAGCAUCUCAGUGCAAUCUAGAGUUUAGAGUGAGCAGGAGCAACACAUUGAAUGACCCAAGACUGAUCGCUUUCUUUUAAGACAGCCCGUGUCUUGGGAUGUGGUUACGAAUGUUACUGUGCCUGACACACUUUGUCUUUAAUAUGUAUCAGGGCUUUUUUGUUGUUAGUUUUUUAUUGCUUGUUUGUUAAAGUGAAUGCAGUACAUUCUUAAUGCAACCUAUAUAAAUGUUUACAGUACUCGUCCACACAGAUGAGUCACUAGAACCAAAUCGUUUUUGUUACACCAUUGAUUCUGAAAGCUGUUUAUCAGUUUUCUAACCACUAGAUGGCAGGCACUCACACUAACAAAGAUCUGACUCAGUGCAAGGUACUAUAGAUUUCAGCUGCACAUUGGACAACAUUGACACUUACUUGGCAACUCUCUUCUUGUCAUAUCCAGAGUAUUCCAAACGUUUUUUCCAAUCCUCUUUGGUCCCUUAACUUCUGGAAAAAAAUUCUUGCUCUUGACUAUGUUUUUGUGUGUUGUGGAGGAAUCAUGAAAUGACCCAAUUCUAGGUGUAGUUGCUUUUAGUUAGGCUUUAGGCUGGUUGAACCACUUGUAACAGAAAUGUGUUUAAUAAAGAAAAGGUGAAAUAGCAACUCUAGAUUGUUGCUCACAGUGGGAUCCAAGCACCAGUAAUUACACAUGCAGUAUAUAGUGUCAUUUGGUUUUAUGCUAAUAUCCAAGAUAUUGCCAAUUGUUCUUGAAAAUAUAGAGUUUUAGCAGUUUUACGUAAAUAUAUUGCACAGCAGGUAAUCUGCAGUUUUAUAUACAGUCAGUGAAACAUUUUCCCUGUUAUUUUUGAUGGAAUGAGUCUGUACUUGUUUGUUAGGUGCCUUCACUGACUCAGCCUAGGCAUGACUGUUUGAAAUUGUGUUUUUUUGUAACAAGUCUUACAGUUGAUAAUAGGUGUGUUUUUCAGACAAGAAAACAGGCAGGAUUAGGAUUUUAAUUUCAGAUUAAAAGGUGACCUGGCAAUUUCAGCUAUCCAAAGAUUGUACUGUGCCUCAAAUUCAAGAACACAACUUUUGAAAGAACAUUGAGUGGUGUGUGUGUGUGUGUGUGUGUGUAUAUAUAUAUAUACGUAAGUAUAUGGUGUGUGUGUGUGUGUAGAUUUACUCCAGUACAUUAAAGUUUUAAGUAUAGCAUUAAGUGCAAUAUUACAGAUUACACAACAUUGUCCAAAAGAGAGGGGGACCUUAAGUUCAAAGACUUUUGCUGCAGCUACUGCAGUUUAUAUUUUUCGCUAUCCAGAUCAAAGUAUUGCUUUAGAGUGUUGCAGUAAGUUUGUUGUAAAGUUAAACACUGUAAUUUAUUUUUACAAGACAUCUAUUUUAAUUUGCUGACACUAGACACUUUCAUUAUGAAUAUGACUUUGACGUGCAUAAAAUAAAGGCAACUUGUUUAUUUAUCUUAGCUUUAGCGCAUAUAUGUUAUAAAACAUUUUAUUUGCGGUAGUGGUCUAUACAAAGUGAAUAUUUUCUGCCAUGUGAGAACAAGUGUGGAGGUCAGUUUGUGCCACUGUAAUGAUGAUGAUAAUAAUAAUGAUAACGACCCAUCUCUUUGUUGAUGAGAGCAGUGUUUCCCCUUACAGUAGAUUGUCUGACGCAGUAAGAACACUUACCUUGAUUUUUUUUUCAGAAGUAUGGCUUAUAAUGGGCAGAAUUAUAAACUGAAUUCCCAAAAAAACCACUGUGAAAAAUGAAGGGCUGGGUUUACAAUAAAGUGAUUUUGUGUCUUUGUUAACUUUGCCCUGCGAGAACAUGAAAAGCUGAAAGAAAGUGUUUUAGAGAUUAGCAUGUGUUAUUAACACAGCCAACAUCGCUGAGCGAAGUCUAAAGGAUUUUUUCAUAAUUUAUAUGUUGCUUUUCUAUGAAUUAUGCAGAAUCUGAAUACUUCUGUCCUAAAAAGGUUUUUAUGACAUUCUCUGUAAAUAUUUAAAUAUUUUAUAGACUUCUUUUAAAAGCCUUUAUUUAGACAACAGUUUUUAUUUUAUUUUUGGUCACAAAAAUAAAACCUACUGUAUCUUACUUUGUUUUAAUAGACGAUGUUGUUUGACCACAGCGAAAAUUUUAAAGCUGUAGUGUAUAAGGACUUUGAUUUAAAAUGCAGGUGAAUACAUGAAAGUCAAUUGCUACUUGAAUGUAUUAGUUCUAAUCGGUUAGUCGUGGGUACAAGUAAAACCAAAGCAAUAUAUCUUAAUAAAUGCUUGUCACAAUUAAUAAUGUGCUGUAUUUGUGUCCCAAUGAACUGUGAAUUAUUGUAAUUACAAUUUUUAAAUA